UUUUUUUUUUCUUAAACUUUCGUCGCGUGCAGUUUCUCACGAUCCGAUCUAAUUGGCCGGCACCUGCUUCUGUCCAUUUACUUAUAUUCACCUUGUCCUGCCGUCAUUUGUUCUUCUCGCCCAAGACAACUUAUUUCGCUUCAAUUCAACUUUGCAACGCCUUGGGAAUAUAGCAAGAUGGCCAAGGAACGAGCUGAGAAGCUCCACAAGAAGGCUGAAAAGCCCGAGAAGAAGGUUUCUAAGGACAAGGUGAAGAAGCAGAAGAAGGAAAAGAAGUCGAAGCGUGUAGAUACGCCCGAAGAGUCUGACAAUGAGUUCGUCAAGAUAGAAGAUACCCCAGCAGCAGCUGAGAAAUCUUCGGCCGAGUCCGUGUCAGAGGUCAAACCUAAGAAGGAGAAGAAGGAAAAGAAAUCCAAGAAGGCCGCCCUCGAGGAAGCAGUAGCCGAUAGAGCAUCCAACGGCGCCAAACUCCCCGCGCGCCCCAUCUCCAAAGACUCCGACUCCGAUUCCGAUUCCGAUUCUUCGGACGACGACGACAACGGCGCAGCUCUCUUCGCAAUCGACACGAAGCCCACACCCAUCGACCCUAACUCCAUCCCGCAAAAAGCCAACGACGCAGCAGACGAAGACGACGAGAUGUCUCUGGACGGCGAAUCCAAGGGCCCGAGCAAGAUGAAGCCGCCGACGGGUCUCAACCGCCAAGCGCGCCGCCGCAUCCGCCUGAUCGAGAAGCAGCGCGAGAAGAUCGCCAAGGACCUCGGCGCGGGCGCGGGCGCGGACGAGGUCCAGGCCAAGCUGGACAAGUGGGUCGAGGACUACGACAGCAAGGCGGCCGCGCGCCUCGAGAAGAAGCAGCGCCGCAAGGAAAAGGAGGCCGCGCGCAUCCGCAACAAGAAGGGCAAGCUGCUGACCGGACGUCGCCUCAAGGAGCGCAAGAAGGUGCUUGAUAAGAUGGAUAAGAAGGCUUCGAAGAGACAGGGCCUUUCUGCGCAGAAUUCGGCGUGAUUACCUAUCUACCUAACCUACCUAGGUACCUAUCUACCUUGGGUUUCCUUACUGAGUACCUAGGCAACUAAAUAUACCUACGGCCGUGGUAUUUCUUCCCGGAACGAUUCUGAGGCGUUGGGCGUGGAAUGUUAAAAGCUUGUUUUGCUCGUCCGUGCAUGUUUACGCUUUCUACAACGUGGUACUUUCUCAAGGCCAUUAGGAGAGUGUUUGAACUGCGUUGCUACCCAUGGUUCAUUUAUGACUUCUCGAUUUUAACGGCGUGGUUAUGAGCAGAUUCCGAAGAAAGAAGGUCGAGGAUUUUAGGUCAUAGUUUUUUAACAGAGAUGCGUCGUUUUAUUCGCUCGGAUUUUCAUAUACCUAGGCCCCCUCCCCCCCGGUCCCCCCCGGAAACCCGUGAUAACUCCAGUCCACUAUGUUCCCCUUAUAUGUAUGCAGAUCUCGUAAUGUACAACUUGCUCGUUAAUACUCUUGUAAGUCCGUGUCCAUUCUCAUAAUCCAAUUAAGCCUUCUUCGACUCGCUCUCCCUUUCUUUCUCCUUCUCAUCAUCACCCUCUUUCUUCUUCCCCUGAUUCCACACUUCGGAAACUUGAUCCGCAAUCAGACUCCAGUACCCGCCGCCGCCCUCGCUCAGCGCCUCCUUCUCCCUCUGGUCCCUCUUCGCCUUCCAGUCCUCACCACUAUCCCCCAUCCACACCCUCUCCAACAGCCCCCUUUCCUCCUCCUCCUUCCCCCCCU